AUGACUGAUAGCGUCAAACAUCGUAUAUGUAUGGUUUCAGACUUUUUCUAUCCACUUAUUGGUGGUGUUGAAAAUCAUAUAUAUCAAUUAUCACAAUGUUUAAUUCAACGUAAUCACAAAGUAAUUGUUGUUACACAUGCAUACGAUGAUCGUGUUGGUGUUCGAUAUAUGACAAAUGGACUUAAAGUCUACUAUUUACCAUAUAAACCCUUUUAUAAUAAUACAAUUCUACCGACAGUUUUUAGUACAAUUCCAUUAAUUCGUUCAAUUUUACUUCGAGAACAAAUCACUAUUGUACAUGGACAUUCUUCUUUUUCAACAUUAGCUCAUGAAACAAUGCAUCAUGCUAAAACCCUUGGUAUUCGCACUGUAUUUACUGAUCAUUCAUUAUUUGGUUUUGCUGAUUUGAGUUCAAUAUUAACAAAUAAAGUUCUUCAAGUAUCACUUGUUGAUUGCCAUCAUAUUAUAUGUGUUUCACAUACAUGCAAAGAAAAUACUAUGUUACGUGCUAAUUUAAAAUCAUCUAAAGUAUCGGUUAUUCCCAAUGCUGUAGAUUCAUCAGCAUUUACACCUGAUACAAAUCUUCGGCCAUCAUCAUCCGAUGAAAUUGUUAUUGUUGUUGCCAGUCGUCUUGUUUAUCGUAAAGGAAUUGAUCUUUUAAUUGGUAUUUUGCCAAAAAUUCUUCGAAAAUAUCCUAAUGUUAAAUUUCGAAUAGCUGGUAACGGGCCAAAAGAAAUUGACAUCCGUGAAGUAAUUGAACGUGAAGGCACUGAAGAUCGUGUUGCAUUAGAGGGUUCAGUAAAUCAUGAUAGAAUGCGAGAUUUUCUCAAUAGUGGCCAUAUAUUUUUAAAUACAUCGUUAACAGAAGCAUUUUGUAUGGCUAUCGUUGAAGCUGCGGCUUGUGGUCUGCUUGUUGUUUCAACAAAAGUUGGUGGAAUUCCUGAAGUACUUCCAUCCAAUGAUACUCAAUCUGAUAUAAUGAUUUUAUGUGAAGCCAACAUAAAUGAUGUUUUUAUUGGCUUAUGCAAUGCUGUUGAUAGAAUACAGAUAGGCCAAAUACCGAAUGCUAAUGAAUGGCAUAAUAAAAUAAAAAAUUGGUAUUCAUGGUCUUGGGUCGCUCAACAUACUGAAAUCGUUUAUGAUCACAUCAUAACUCAAAAAUCAAUUAAUCUUACAGAACGCAUAUACAAAUACACACAAUGUGGAUUUGUUAGUGGCUUCGUUAUGAGUUUUGUAGCUAUGUUAGCUUAUUUAAUAUUUGUUCUGCUUGAUUAUAAUCAACCAAGACGACUCAUUGAUUUAUCUACUGAUUAUUCGAAAGACGAUUUUGAAUAA